AUGGUGGGAAAGAAAUCGGGCAAGGCCCUUCGGGACGAAGGUCUGGAGCGGACGGACAACAACAUGGACCUCUCCAGCUGGCCGCAAGUCCCGGCAAUCAACCAGAAGAACUACUAUACCGACUAUCUUAAGCGUGACGAUCAGUACCUGGCAUUCAGAUUGCAAAACGAAGAAGCGAGGACGAAAAUGACCAAGUCCGCGAAGGAUCGAGAUCGCGCCCUUGCAAUGGCAAAGACCAAUGAGACGGAGGCGGAGGCCGAAGCAGACGGCGAUGCCAAUAUGGAGGAUGCGGAGGAGGAGACACCUGCCGAGACAGUGGGGUCGAAAGUCAUUGUCAUUCAUAUUGGUAGCCAAAAUCUGCGCAUAGGACUGUCGAGCGAUGCCUUGCCGAAAACAGUACCGAUGGUGAUCGCGAGGAAAGCGAAAACAAGCGAGAGCGAAGACCAAGAGGAGCCCAACCCGAAACGGCAAAAGCGAGAUGAUGGAACAUUUGAAGAGCCGGAGCAGUUGUUUGGACCAGAUUGGUCUGCUCACUUUAACAAGAUGUCGGCCGAACUGAAAGUGCAUAUGCGCCAGAACAAGCGAAGGAUGCUGCCCAACUCCAAGGAAAUGGUGGUGAAUUUCAACAGAAGGACCGUUCCCGAGACAAUUUCUGAGCAUAAUGAUCCAAUGCGCAUUGAAUGGACCGAAUUAUCAAAUCCACCACCAGAGUACAUUGUCGGGCAGCCCGCUUUGAGGGUCCCAGACUCAUCAACCCCUCGUUACAAACUCUACUGGCCGUUCCAGAAUGGAUGCUGUAACGAGAGGGAUUACGCAAGCAAGCGAAUGUUGUUCUUGGAUAUCUCUUUGAUUCUUGAAGACGCUAUCAAGACCCAACUUGGCCUGACUAGCAAGAAAGAUUGGCCCCAGUAUUCCUGCGUCUUUGUCAUCCCCGAUCUCUACGAAAAGUCGUACGUCACCCAGGUACUGGAGAUGUUGAUGCGGGAGUUCGCAUUUGCCCGAGUAUGUUUCAUCCAGGAGAGUCUUGCUGCAACCUUCGGUGCUGGGUUUACCUCAGCUUGCGUGGUUGAUAUUGGAGCACAGAAAACAUCCAUUUGCUGUGUGGAAGAAGGCAUGUGUGUGGAGAACUCUCGAGUCAAUUUGAAAAUGGGUGGUCGAGAUGUCACCGAAACGUUCAUUAGAAUGAUGCUCCAUGACCAUUUCCCCUACGCAGAUAUUGACCUAUGGCGGAGAUAUGACUUCUUAUUAGCAGAAGAGCUUAAAAAGAACAUGUGCACAAUGAACGAAGCCAGUGUUUCCCCCCAGGUCUUUGACUUCCACCUCCGGGUAGCUGGGCAAGACACACAGAAGCACACCUUCAAAGCCUUUGACGAGGUGCAUCUGGCACCAAUGGGUUUCUUUGAGCCAAGCAUUUUUGACAAUUCACAGAAGCUCGUAGGCCGGCGCAGGCUGAUCGGCCGUUCUGUUGAUAUCUAUGAUGGGCAAUCAAAUGACCCUGUUUCUGCCGCGCAAACUGAAAUCCUGACUGCCCUCGCUCCCCAACGUCCUAAGGCAAAUGGCGACUCACAAUCGAUCCCGGCCGAUGUACAAGCAACGCCCAGCAAGCCUCAGCAUCCCAGUGCAUUGGGCCGAGUCCAAGAACAAGAAGCUACGCCCCAUUCUUCCGCCCCGGGCUCACCAGCACCGGAGGCGGCUGGUACUCCCCAGGCUAAUAGCAAUCCUGUUACUGCCCAGUCAUCUCGUGCCGCAAUUGAAUAUCACGACGAUGUGUUACCUGUCUAUGCUUUGGAUAAUGCCAUUUUGACUUCUAUCGCGCAUGCUGCUCGUUCGGAUGAGAAGAAGAUGCGGGACUUUAUUGGAGGUAUCAUGGUUGUUGGUGGAGGCACUUUGACUAGCGGGUUUCACCUGUUCCUUGAAGAACGUCUUCAAACCUUACGUCCUGGAUUUGCUAAAGAGAUCAUGAUUGGCGUCCCACCCAGAGAUUUAGAUCCACAGGUGGUCGUAUGGAAGGGUGCAAGUAUCUUUGGAAAGCUCAGUGGAACGAAUGAUAGUUGGAUCGGGUACUCUCCUACGUCUCCCCCCUCGAGCAGUCCCAGCUUGCUAUCCGACUCUCCUGCUAGCACCGGUCAUUUUCAGUGGCGCAAUCCUGACGUUCGAUCUACCACUCCCUCUAACACUCCGAACCUAGCGCUUCCAGGCCCAAGCUCCUCUCAAAACCCUCCCGUAAUCCAAGACGAAGACACUGAAACGCCUCGCAAGGAAGAAGAAAGUCCCGCUGGAGAUACUACAGCUUCCUCUGACAGCGGCUAUCCUUUUGACUACGAUCGUGCGUUAGCUGUUGACAUUGACGAGCUCUGGGCUUUUCACGCCGCGUCCAAUCAAAUCCCAGACGCAGACGGCCGGAUUCCUACUCACCUCGACGUCACUCCUCCCCGUCAAGCCACAGGGGCAGAGAGGGCUGAUUGCCGCCUUGAGGAAGACGAGACACUUGCUCUACGCACUGACGCGUCCACACAGACCAACGAGCUUAAGGAGCUUGAACUGUACUGGAACAGUGUGAACGCUCAAAUCAACGAAUUUAACGUUUUGUUGAAUACCGAAAUCCCUGCGAGUCCAACCGCAUACGAGGAAGACGACGCAGAAGAGGAUAAUCUCUCUAUAGUCAUCGUUGUUUCUAUCUUGGUACCCAUCCCGAACGAGACCCCCGAAUUCGGAAGCGAGGAAGACGCUUUCACCCAAUCCACUCGAAGCUCAGCCACUUCAAGCACAAACGGAGAAGACCGGGUUUUCUCUAGCGCUGAAACAUCUUCAAGCGCCAGCAGCUCCAACAGCUCCGAGGCUACCUCAAGUUCUGGCAGCUCUCACAACUCUGACGCUAGUUCUGUCGACUCUGCCUCUAGCUUUGACAAUUCCGAAUCUGACGACGACGAAGACGACGACGACAGCACCGAAAAUCACACCGAUCACACCACUCCUGACAGUGGAUACGGACCAAGCUCUCCUGCUUUCCAGAACCCAGGCUGCUCAAACCCUGGCCCCUCCCAUAACACGCAGAUACUUGGUAAAAGGCACCGCGGCGAUAGCCCUGAUAAUCACGAGAUGUCUUCCAAAAUGAAAGAGGAACAGCCCUCUGGGAGCUUCCACCAGGACUACAUCGCGUCCUUGCGCUACCGCAAUGAUCUGCCCCCUCCUGACAUGCCCCCAAAGUUUCUUGAUAUUCCACACGAAGGCCUCAGUCGCUUCCUUACCCCGGGGUUUGCUUCCAACCUUGCACGUCGCGAAGAGCCUAAUAUUGAUGUUGAUGCUGAGGGUGGUAUGCCUAUUGAUAUGGUCGGUAUUCCCGGGCUACACCUCGGAGAUGAGAGUGCGAUUAUGGCACCUGAGAAUCCGCAGCCGAUCGACCCUGCUGAUCUUCCUCUACUCAUGCCCCUUGAUCAAUUGCGCAACCCUGCUCCGAAGAACACCAAUGUUAGCUUCCUUCGCCGCACCCAACAUAUUUCUGUAGAGCGCAAUGCUCCUUCGGGAUCCGGUACUACUUCUGUGACCACCCAGAGUCGCCCUCUCAAGAAACCAAAGGUUUCAGUCGAUGACCCCAAGCACGUCAAGAAGUUGGUGCAGAAGGGCUUCGAUGUCGCCUAUCCUGAGAGCAAGUACACUGGGGAGGAUACAGAGAGCCACAUCCGAGGCCUUCCUGCCACUAAGGCCGAGAUUGAUGCCUGGGCUAACCCAGUGCAUCCUGAUAAUCCGAAGCUCAAGGCUGUUGGCUUAUUCGCCGUAUUACCAGACCUUGAGGGCUUCACGGAUCCUGGAGGCCUGGUCCAAUUCAAAUUUGACAAAGCACCCGUGUCGGCCGUUGGCGGAAAGCGAGAUAAGCGCAUGGAUGUGGCUCUGUUGCGCCCAUCAGCUCCAGAGGACCGUAUCUGCGAGGAGCAUGCGCAGAAGGUGGCACUUCACAAGGCCAACCCGGAGGUCUACCCGGACCCGGGUCCCAUUCCCUGGGAUUACGACCUUUUCUUGUCUGAGAAAUCAGAGUCAGUAAAGAAGAUCGGUAUCAGCAUGGACCCAAAGAACCCGAAUCGGGAUAAUGAAGAGCUUUUUGCUCACGAAGGCGCCGAAGGCCACAAAUUCCACCGAUACGACCGGGUUCGCACCUACGCUACGAGUGCUCAAACUCUCAAUACCGAUCAGAAACAGAGAGAUAUUGCUCUGACACUGUUUCAGCCAACUGAAGGCGAGACUAAACAGCGAGCUGCUUACUAUUACCCCAUCCUUGGCAAGACGCGCCUCAAGCCUGAGCGGGCCCGUACCAUUGCCCAGGCCGGCUUGGCUCCAACGGCCUCCCAGGUCAAGGAGGACCAAAUCGACCAGAUGCAGGUCGCUGUCCGGGACCCUGACGAGUCCGAAGUCUAUAAGCGGGCUCUCCACCGCGCCAAUAUCGACCCGGAGUUCGCCAAGACUCUGGGCCCACCCCCCGAGCCCCCGGUUGCUGAGGGCGAAGAAGAGGUGGCCGAGAAGGCCGAGGAUGAUGAGGAUACGCGGAUGAGCGAUGAGUAA